GGGCUGGAGAUCAGCCAGAUCAGUUGUAUGCACAAAGCUGCUUUGGAUCUGCCUUUUCAAACAAGAGCUGCAGAAAACAAGACAGCAAGGUUGAAGCUUUAUCCCACUCUGACUCGCCCAGAAAGCACAACCCUGAUUUUGUAUGAGAAGGACUAUCUCUACAGAACCUAAAAUGGUUCAUCUAUAAGCCAACGAGUCUCCAUGAGGUCAUUUAGCAUGAAGUAGGCACCGCCCUUUUUAGUCAGUUCCUCUAAGAAGGAAAAAGGAGAACAAGUAAAAAGAAAUAGGCAUUUCUAACACAACUGGAAACCAGAUAAUCAACAGUUUCUGUACAGGACAGAUUAUGACAGCUUCUUUCUUAAGACUGUCAUCAGAAGAACUGGCUCAGAAGUGGAAACCAUCAAUGGAUCCCCCGUCAAUCCGCCAGGAGUAAAGGAGAGAAUGUUUAAAUUUUAUCAGAUGAAACAGACUUUUCAAAUACUGGAUAAAAUGAGAUGCUUGCGAAAACGUUCUACAGUGUCAUUCUUGGGAGUUCUUGUCAUUUUCCUCCUAUUUAUGAAUUUGUACAUUGAAGAUAGCUAUGUUCUGGAGGGUGACAAACAGCUCAUAAGGGAAACAUCCACACAUCAACUAAAUUCAGAGCGCUAUGUUCAUACUUUCAAGGAUUUAUCUAAUUUCUCAGGGGCCAUAAAUGUCACCUAUCGCUACCUAGCUGCCACACCUUUACAAAGAAAACGGUAUCUUACCAUUGGACUUUCAUCAGUGAAACGAAAAAAAGGCAACUAUUUACUUGAGACAAUCAAGUCAAUUUUUGAGCAAUCCAGCUAUGAAGAGCUGAAGGAAAUUUCAGUAGUAGUCCAUCUGGCGGACUUUAAUUCAUCCUGGCGUGAUGUCAUGGUCCAGGAUAUUACACAAAAGUUUGCCCAUCAUAUCAUUGCAGGAAGAUUAAUGGUUAUACAUGCUCCUGAAGAAUAUUACCCAAUCUUGGAUGGUCUUAAAAGAAAUUACAAUGAUCCAGAAGAUAGAGUCAAAUUUCGUUCCAAGCAAAAUGUAGAUUAUGCUUUUCUGCUUAAUUUUUGUGCCAAUACUUCAUAUUAUUAUGUAAUGCUUGAAGAUGAUGUCCGAUGUUCCAAAAAUUUCUUAACUGCCAUCAAGAAAGUCAUUGCAUCCUUAGAAGGAACUUACUGGGUAACUCUUGAGUUCUCUAAGCUUGGCUACAUUGGUAAACUUUAUCAUUCUCAUGAUCUCCCACGUUUGGCACAUUUUUUAUUAAUGUUUUAUCAAGAAAUGCCUUGUGAUUGGCUGUUGACUCAUUUUAGAGGUCUGUUGGCUCAGAAAAAUGUGAUCCGGUUUAAACCAUCUCUCUUUCAGCACAUGGGUUAUUAUUCCUCAUAUAAAGGAACUGAGAAUAAGCUGAAGGAUGAUGAUUUUGAAGAGGACUCAUUUGACAUUCCUGAUAACCCCCCUGCAAGUCUGUACACCAACAUGAAUGUGUUUGAAAAUUAUGAAGCAAGCAAAGCUUACAGUAUUGUUGAUGAGUACUUUUGGGGAAAACCACCUUCAACAGGAGAUAUCUUUCUUAUUGUUUUUGAAAAUCCAACUAUAAUAAAAAAAAUUAAAGUGAAUACGGGGACAGAAGAUCGGCAAAAUGACAUUUUGCAUCAUGGAGUCCUUGAUGUUGGGGAAAAAGUUAUACUUACCAAACAAAUAAAACGUUGUGAUUCGUACUUAAGACUAGGAGAAUUCAAAAAUGGAAACUUUGAGAUGUCAGAUGUGAAUCAAAAAAUUCCAUUUGAUAUACACUGUAUGAGGAUAUGUGUCACCAAAACACAAAAGGAGUGGCUGAUUAUUAGAAGCAUUAGCAUUUGGACUUCUUAGCCAAUUAAAUCAGUAUGUUCAUUUGCUGAAACAGAUCUUUCUGUUUCCUUUUUUGCUAACUUCCUGUUUUGCUACUUUUAUCUGUUGGGAGGAAAGCAAUGGAUGUGUAUGUUAAAAGAAAAGUCCAUUAGUUUUGAUUUACACAUUGUCAAUACAAUUUUACUCUACACAUUUGUGUUUAUUUUUACUUUUGAAGUUAAAUAUCAUCCCAUGGUAGACUCUACUUUCAUUUAUACUUUUAGAUGUUCUUAGUGUCACAAUUGCAAUUGUCUAACGAGUCCAUAUGAAAGCUAUAAAAUAAGAACUUUUGUUGGUUGGAUGAUAAUUCUUGAAAAAUAGUUGCCAACUAUAUGUACUUAUUCAAGAAGUGAUAAUUUCUUGUAUCAGAUAGAUUUUUAUUAAGUAUCUCUAUGAAUAUGCAGUUGGCUACAAUUAUAAUCUGUUUUAUUUUUCUUAUGAAUUUAGGUUUUCAUUUACUUCUGUGCAUCUGCAGUGAAUACCUUCACAUAGAAGUGGUGUCUUUACAACAUAUUUUUUAUUUGUAAGUAGGGCUAUGGGAAAAAUAAUUUAAAAUAUCUUUCCCCUAAUUAUUUAUAUGAAAGGGAACCUUGAUCAUUGUUUAAAACAUUUAAUUGAACAUUUAUUAUUAAUAAAUUUUCUGUGGGAUAAAGUCUUUUUCUAGUUUCCCUUUUACAAAAAAUUUUAAAAAGAACAAUUAAACCCAAUAUUUUCAGGUAACAUGGGGCCCCUGCAUUUAAUAGGAAAAAAAAGAGAGAGAAGGCCAAUAGUUCAUUCAUAAAGAUAUUUUCAGUAUAUACAGAAAAUAUUUGAAAUUGAUUUUAUACGUUUUAUAUUAAAAUUUGUGUGACUGAAAUUAUUGUAAUUUAUCAUAUAAUUUUUUUGGAGUUUAAAUGGUUAUCUUAUAAAGGAUAAAAGUGAGAAUCACAGAAAUUAGCUGAUAUUUCUAUACUCAGUGAGCUAUUUCUUAACAAAGCCAGAAUGAGAGAUCUGCUCUUCUGAUAAUCAGACAAUGCUCUGUCUCUUGUAUGGAGAUUGCUUCUCACAAGUUAUGCUUUCUCUUCUCUGCUAUGUAGUUCUCAGAUAAUAAGCUAUGCCUUCUGGAAACAGCUGGUUUAUUUUUUCCAUAAAGCAUACUAUUAUGCUGUGGAAUAAUCCUGAAGGGUCCUAAUGGAUGACUUUGUGGUAUUUGCACUCAAAUAGUAAAUAAACGUCUCAAUUUUUACUAGUAGGGACUAGACAGUUGUGUCCUUCAAACAACUUAGGACACCCUAGUAUAUCCUGAAAACCUAAUGUUCUCAGAAUAUCCUGAGCUUGUCUCAUCCUUCUUAUUUCUUGAUGAACAGUAAAGAUGAAAGAUUCAUUAUGAAGAGAAAUACAGGGUACUUCACAUGUGUUUGUGGAAAAAUUCAAAUCCAGUUUGUAUAGCCUAUAUGUGUAUGUAUACAUGUGUACAUAUGAAAACUAGACUUGGGAUAGUAAGAAGAAAUGGGGAAAUCUUUCUGUUCUUCCAUCUAUCCUGAAAUACAGUCCUUGGAUUUACUGGUAUGAUAUAAUUAAAAAAAGAUUAGAAUUUUUAAAAUUUUUUUCAUUCUAUCCAAAUCAAUUAAAUUAGAAACUCAUUUGAAAAAUUAAGAAAUUUUGUUCCUUUCUUCACAUCUUAGCUGUAUGUAUUUUCUUUGUACCAAGUUACUAUAAUGUUAGGUAGAGAAAUCAUUAUCCUUUAAGAAGACAGUAAAUAUUAAUAUUUUAUGGCACAUCUGAAUCUGAAGCUCAUAGGAAAAUACUAGCACAACUAUUUAAACUUAUCUUUACCUUGAUUUGGAGAUUACUUGCCAGACACUUAGGAUUCUGUUUUCCUGAUUUUUUUUCAUUCUCUUUUAUUGACUCACUAACUGUAUACUAAUGUACAUGUUUCUCAGAAUUUUCAAAUAACACUUUUUCCUGAACUUCAGUGAUAAAUUUGCACAACUGUGUUACAUAAACUAUGAAGCCCUAAACAGACUUCAUGAAAUGAACUCUAACUUUCAUAUAUUCUUUUGAGAGUGUGUUUCCAAAGACCAGCUAUUGGCAUAUAUCAAGUUUUGGAAAAUACUUCAGGAAGGACUUCUGAGGGUUGUAGGGAAGUCAGAUGUUUACCAGAGAAUUAUAAAAGCAAAUGUGAGCCAAAGAAGUCACAUUGCAUCCUAAGAUCCUUUCAUUACUAAAACUGAAAUUGGAUAACUUGUCUGAUCACCUGAAGCUGUCUGUAUAUUUUCUUUGAAAAUUGAUGUGUGUGAAAUAACCUGAAGAAAAGACUGAGGUUGACAAGAACUGCUUCUUCAUUAAAGAUAAAGUAACCACCCUCCUUCAAAAGAAAAAAUUUUGAAAAAUGUUUGUUUUUGACAUUUCUGACAAAACAUUAUUUACAUGAUCCAAUGUUGCAUUUCCUAUAUUUAAAAACUCUGAAUAAGACCGUAGGCACUUUGUCUCAGAGGCUUAGAGUCCAAAAUACAAUUAUUAGGUUUAUACCUAAUAAUCUGUUAUAAUGUAUUAUGUGAUCUCUCUCUUCACAGUUUAUAUAUAUAUAUAUAUAUAUAUAUAUAUGUUUUAUAUAUGUAAAUGCAUAUGUGUAUAUUAUAUUUGCACAUAUGUACUUUAUUUUCUUUAUUACAAUAUAUCAAUUGAAAAGAAUUGGGAUAGAUCUAAAUAGCUGAGUCAUGAAAAGAUACCGGCAGAUUUCAAGCACAAAAAAAAAUACAUAUACAUUAAAUAAUGUCUCAGAUUAUAGAAGAUUAAGCUGAUGAUCCAAAAGCUUAUGUACACUUAAAAUUCUCCUGAAGGAAACUUUUCCAACAUUUAUGUACAUUAGAGUAAAACAUUUGGUAAAUAGCACAAUAAGAUUUGAAAAAUAUGCAUUUUUAGAAAAAUAAACAUUUUAACAGCAGUAACAAGUGUGAAUAUAAAACCAUACACUAAGAAUUGUUAAUAUAAACACUUCUACAUUGUUGUUAAAAAUCAUAGUCUUGGGUAACUUAUAAAGUAGAUAUUUUUCAUAUAUAAAAAUGUAGUUUAGAAACCAUUGUGUCAUUUACAUGCAUUUCUGUCAUAUGGCUGCACUUACGAAACAUGAACACACAAUUCCUUAUUGGCCAAAUUCUUUGAGAUUUUUCUGAUUUGUCAUAGAAAAAUUGUGCCAUAUAAUAGUGGUGUAUAAAUGAAGCAACAUUUGCAAAUUAUUGUAUAUGCUGUGGGAGGGAGAGCACUGUUUUAUAUACCCAUGGCAAACUUCAUUCAAUAUUUGCCAGUUCCCUUUAGACUAUGGCACCAGGAUUAACACUGAAAAUACUACAUUCAAUUACCUCUAACCAAUGAGACAGUGUAAUUCUUUCUGUCACCUUCCCAAUACAUCCAUUAAUAUGAUAAAAUAUUGUUUUUUAGUACCAUAUUUGGUAAUGGCCCACAGUCAAACUUUAUGGUAUUUAUUACAUCGUUUACUGAUUAAAAAUUAUUUACCAUUCAGAACAUGUUCAUUUUGACAUUGAAGUUUUUAAGAUAAUAUUAAUUUAAAGAGAAUUUUGUAAUAUUUCUUUUGACCCAUGAUUCCACACUUUCCAGAUCUGGAUUCUGUCAUCCAGUGUCUUAUCAGAGCUUCCCAACUUUGUGAUUUCCCAACUUUGAUCUGUAUUGCCUUUGGUCUUCAUAGGAGAUACAGCUGACCAUUCCUACAGGCCUGAGCUUAAAAGCCAGUUCUGCAAUUACUAGCUUCCAGGUAUGAAGAGGAAGGCUAUUUUACUUCUUUGAAACUCAGUUCCCACUUCUGUAAAAUAGGAAAAAAUUAACCUUAUAAGAUUUUAAAAGGUAGCAAUUUUGCCUUGUGGCUCUGUGUGGUGCUCGAAAUUAGAUACCAUAAAUUGAGCACAAACAAUAAGCAUAUAUUUCCCUUUUAUCUGUGUGAUGUGUAUGUAAAAGGAUAUGGCUCUGAAAAGCAACCAGAGAUUAUUGAUCACCAUCCUAAAUCAAUAGAUAUCCUACUCUUGUCAUUCUGAUCUAUUACUUUAGAAAUGAUAAAAAUAUCACAUGUAUCCAUAGUUUUCCAUUUAAAUAUUAAUGAUCACUUUUGAUGAAAAUCUAAAUACACUUAGUUCAAAAAUUAAAGAGUUCUCUGAUUGCUAAAAUUUUGCUCAGAAUCAUUAAGUUCACAGAGAUUCAGUUUUCAGAACCAUUUCACUUUUUAAGGAAAGUGUAACUUCUUGCUUUUUGGCAUCUUUUUUAAUAAUUGCAAAAGUUAUCACUGUAAUAACUAAUAAAUUACCUGGGCAAUGAUGUUCAAACUUGAAAACAGGCAGCUUAUCUCUUGAUCUGCCUUGGGUUUCAAUAUUUAGCUCCCACUUCUUCAAAUUUUUUCUCUGCUAAAUUUGGGAUUAUUCUCGUCAGGAGGGAAAAGGCUGUAAAAAACACACUUUAAUAAGAUUUUGUUCUUUGCUUUUGUUUGCUUUUAACAUUUUUUAUCUACUCUAAACAAAAAAAAAUCUCUAUUAUUGUUGUUUAUAUACACUGAAAUCAUUGAUCUCCUCUGUAUGUUCAUAUAUGUGCAAUAUGUGCAUAUGGGCAUAUAUUUCCAUUUUUGCAUAUAUUUGUAAACUUUAUAUAUGCAUUUAUGUGUAUAUAUGCAAAUAUAUGUAUACAUACACACACACACAUACAUACAUACAUGCACACACACACACUCAGAAAGUAAGAGAGAAGUUCAUUCUUAGAAUUAUUAUCAGCACCCACCCCUUAGUUUAUUCUUGGCUUUAAUUUUUCUAUCACAUUCUUGGUUUAGAUCCUCAUUCUGAACUCAUUUUUGGUUAUGUGUCCUCAUGUAUUUCACAAACAUGAUAUCUUUUGAAAAUCAACACUCUACAAACUUU